UUGCUAUUUGACAGCUCGUCUGUUCUGUUCCUGCGCAUUACCAUUACGGACUGUCUGACACCGACGGAGGGAGGGAGACGCAUUUUCUCUUGCGUUGACAGCACUGGAUAUUAUAAAUGUGUGAUUUUUACUAUGCUAAAUGUUCACGAAAGGGGGCAUGUACCAGUCAACUCCGGUCUGAUCGAUGAAGAUGCUAGGAAUAGCGACUGGAUCUGAAGAUUGGUAUUGAGAUUAGGAAGACAUGAUGUAGCCAUGGAGCUGUGCAUUUGUAGUUAGCUUUAACAGGGCUCACCGUAAAGACCGCGCUUCUCAUCCUAUCGUGUUCCAACCUUCGUGAGGCAAGAUUUUCAACCCUUCUUAAAAAUGAGACUAAAGUGAUCAGUGAUUAGGAAGAUGAUGACUUUCCAGGACGUGAGCUGGCUGGUUCAGGUGGCACUCUUCUGCGCCUCUGUUCUGGUCGUACUAGCAUGGCUCAUUCAGUUCUCUCUGGCCUUGCUGUGCCCUAGGUGGUGCGCCAAUGCCCAGGGCAAGAGGGAGGCCCCCUGGCAGCUGCCUCUGUGUCUCACUCACCAGACCCUUACAGGCGGCGUGUGGGGUUCCCUCCUGAGGCUGAGGCUGGGGCAAGAUGGGGCAGGGAGUGACACAGAGGCAGGUGUCAAAGGUCUUUUGUCUUCACUCUUUGCGUUCAAGUCGUUCAGGGAGCACUGGCAGAGAGCCUGGGUGCGAGCACUCAACGAACAGGCCUGCAGGCAAGGGAGCUCCAUUCAAAUCACCUUUGAUGACAGUCUUCAACUCCCAAACUCUGCAUCCAUUGACCAUGUGACUCGCACAGACCAAUCAGCAUGCAGCAUGGUCCUUCAGUGCAAUUGUUCGGUUGACACUAUAACGUUCCCGGUGACCGUCACUCAGCAGUCACCUGCAGCCGUUUCCAUGAAUACCUACCAGAUCACAAUGCAGCCAAUGCUAGUUCAGUUACAGGUCUGCCUUGAGGAAGUGGAGGAAGAGGGUCUCUUUGUGUCCUGGACAUUUUCCAAGCAGCCUCAGCUGUCUCUAACUGUAACUCCACGGCAAAGAGUCCAGAAAGAGGGCUCUGAUGUAGAGGUGGACAGUGAUAUGAUUGCUGCACUGGUAGAGGAUACACUGUACACAACACACCCUGCGAUGAUCCUCAACCUGAGAGCCUGUGUAUCAAGUCCUGCGUUUCCACGGGAGAAGCAGAUUGGUGGUCUGAACUCUCCAUCUCAGAGCAUGCCUGUCAGACGGAUUCUGGUACAGCAACUCAAAGCAACAAAUGUCAAAAAAGGAUUACAGACUCAUGCAGGAGAGCUUUGUUGUGUUCUGAGUCUGGACACUCCCUCUAUUGAGCGAAGAACAGGCUUCCUUACUCCAUUCCCUAGUCCUGGAGCAGCCGUGCACUGGACUGAAGAAUUUACACUGGACUUAGGACCAGAAACCAAAGAACUCAAAGUAAGGCUUGUAGAGAGAAACGGCACAGGAGAGCAGUUUUUACCUGGUUGUGCUUCCUUACCACUGGAUCUCUCUAAAAACGGACAACACAAGCUGUCCAUCGCUCCAGGUUACGGUCUUGCGCCAACUGCUAUUGUAACACUAGAGCUGUUGUAUUUGGAGUCCAGUGAAAAAACAGCUCCUCUGCGGUCUUCAGUCACCCCCUCAAAGAAAGUGGAUGUGGACCGUACUAUCAUGCCCGAUGGCACUGUUGUCACCACAGUGACCACCAUCCAGUCUAGACUAAAACUGGACCGUAAACCAGGAGACUCUCCGUCUAGGUCUCCCUCAAAGGUGGAGGUGACUGAAAAGACUCCCGCUGUGCUCACUUCCAGCUUGCAGAGCACAAAUCCCAGCCCAACACCCAGCACAGAAGGCACCCUCCCUAAUGGGCUGGACCCCAUAGCUGAAACCGCCAUCCGGCAACUGACCGAGUCGGCCAGCAAGCCACCCAAGAAGACACCUACGAAACGCAGCACUCUCAUCAUAUCUGGGGUGUCAAAGGUCCCCAUUACUGAGGAUGACUCCUUAUCAGUGGGCUAUGCCGCAGCUAUGGACGCAGCUCUACAGGGGGCGCAUUCUUCCAGCGGAGCCUUGAACCAGCACGGAGCUUCUGCGCAUCAGGAAACAGACGAGACCACUCCAUCUGAUGUGUCAGAGCGGCCCUCUGUGGAUGACGUUGAAUCAGAGACAGGAUCGACCGAAGGGCUAGAGACACGCAGCCUCAAAGACCACAAAGUGGGAUUCCUUCGCAGUGGUACCAAGCUACUGUUCCGCAGAAAACACAGAGAGAAAGACCCCAGUUUUAGUCAGUCCCAUGAAGAUGUCUCCAACCUGGGCAAUGACUCCUCCACAGCAUCCUGCUCCUCAACCAGCCGUAAGAAGUCUGGAAGCUUCUCUCGUCGCCUCAUCAAACGCUUCUCGUUCCGUUCAUCCAAGACAAAGGGCAAAUCUAGCACUGCCAAUGGAGGAGCCAGCGCUGCAGACAACUAAAGAGAGAAACUGAGAGAGACGAGGUGCGGGCACCAGUCAAAUGAGUGUAAAAUUGGCUCCAGAAUGAGUUAUUUAUCUGACUGUCCACCAGCCUGGGGUAACUUCAUACUUCAGACCAAAAUGUUCCCAGCCAGCCAGCCUUUGGUGUCCUCUGCCUGGAACAUCAUCCCUCAAAUAUGGCCACAUCUUUACAGGAUGAAAAAAAUCAACUAUCUAUGGAAAAUAUAAAUAUUUGCUGGUCUAAAUAAAUGUAGAUAAGGCUGCUAUUGUGGAUGAACAAGCGUGUGAACAAACUUGAGAAACUCAAAUGGAGAGGGUGUCAUGCGGUGACGGUUAUCGAGCACAAGGGGGCGACACAGACCAAUGACUAUUAAUGCCUCCAACGCUGUUGAUAUGUGUCGUUUUUCUUUUUCUUUUAUUUCAUCAGUUGCACUUUGGAUCUUAAUCUGAUUGUUUACAAUGCUGGGGAGCUCUUAAUUUUUCGUUUUUAUCAUGUUUGUGUAUCGUUUACUUUUUUCGGCACUGGUUUAUGUCUCAUGAGCACAUUAUGAGCAUUUCAAGGGUGUGAUAUGAUACUAUAUGACAUGGUGAGCUUUGUUCUCGUUUUGCUGUUGCUAUAGCAUUUUAGAUCAAGAGAUAUUGUUCCCUGUUUUCAAAUAGUGGUACGUUUGACUUACAUGUGGGUUAAUAAUCUUUUUUAUUAUUAUUAAUGUUUCUAUUGGUUUAAGAAGAAAAAAAAAACGGUCAUAACUGUAGGCAUCUCGCACAAAAUUAUGUUUGCGUGUUUUGGUUGUACAAGUACAAGCCCUUCAUAUGACAAAAGGGAAUCACCACAGGAAAACUACGUUUGUGUAUGUUUAUAAAAUAUUCCACAAAUCAUUGUAAAUGAACAAUUUCUCGGACCACAUCAGGCUGACUUUGCAGGGGAAAGUGUUAUUUUCUAGGUGCACGUGAAAACAAUUAAAGCUCAGGGGAUAUUAUAAAGGUGAUCAAUAACGUUUAAUCACUUUAUUUUUACAAAUAUCGCUUAUUGAGCUAAACCUUUUCCCAGUAUACUUCCCUUUUUCCUCCGGUUUUCAUUUAGUUGCAAAUAACUUAUCCAGAGGGAACGGGAAUCCUCGCGCGUUUUAUUCAAGCAUGAGUAUAAUUUUAGUCGUAAAAACAUCACAUAAUUGUUUUAUUACAAUAUGGAGCUGGAUUGUUUACUGUUUUCUGUUUAUGUAAACUACUAAGGAAACGCUUCCGGGUCUCUGCCCCCAUUGCACAAGACUCCUUGCAAUAUUUCAGCAUAUCGUUUAAUCAAAACAUUUGGACGUUUCAGAGCUCUGAAGUUAAUUAUGACAGGGAAACGCAUUUGGAAUUGCUUUAUGCUUUUUCUCGCAGUUUACACAUCAAUGGCAAAGCCCCUGUUUGCUAGAACUCCUUGAACACAUUGAGCCUGAGAGAACUAAUAAAGCUUGAAUUAUGUUAUAAUAUGACCUGAAAGCGAUAAAAGCGAACAAUCUGAAACGGAGGAAGUGGACUUCCCAAGGUAUAGGGAGCUUUUGCAUUAUUGUGGUCAAUUUGAUGUUUAAUUUAUUCAGAAUAAAUUAUUUUUAAAAAUGCAUUACCCUUUCUUUUCUAUCCAUUUAUUUAUUUAUUAUUUAUUUACAAUGGGGAUCU